GCUUGACUCUGAUUGGUCGUGCGCCCGGUUUUAUACCAUGCUUGACUCUGAUUGGUCGAUGAUGAUCUGUAUGCUGGGAGGGGUUGGUAAUGGUCGGAGGGCACGGCAGAACAUAACCAUGGAAAGCAAGCGAGCAAGCUCAGAGGGCAGAAACGCGAGAAUGCUGAAGGUGGUGGUGUGCAGCAACAACUUGGAGCAUCCUUGUCUGCCCGGCGGCUUUAUAUCAUGCUGGACUCUGAUUAGUGAAUGGAGAUGGAGCGCAGAAGAUGAAGCAAGAGUCGUAGCACCCCUCUGCUCAGACGACAACAAGAACAAGGGAAAUUGCGUGCUGUAGUGAUUGUGCUAAGUAGCACUCGUGGUUUACGGCUCUUCACAUGGAGUGCGAAUGUCCACAGUGUACUGUUGACAGCAGGGAAAAAGACCCCAGGAUCGUGCGAAGGAUGAUAUGGCGACGAUGAUGGUGCCGGUACUGAAUUUGUUGCAGCAAUGUGCAGAGGAGUGAAAGCUAUCGGUAGUAUGUGUGCUUCAAUUCGCCGAGUACAGUGGGGUAGUUUACUUCAAUCCGCCGAGUAUGGUGGGGUAGUUUUAGAGGAAGGAGGUAUCGUUGAGGAAGUGACUGUGGAAGAGGGGCAAGGAUGAAGAUGAAGCUUAGGCAAUUUGACAGAUGUAGGAGAGAGAUGGGUGGUGUGCCAGCUGCAGACUAUGUGCUCGAGCCUAGAUUCCAAGCCCUUGUAUGCUUCACAUCUUAACAGAGACGAUAGUGCACAUACCAUGAUUAUGCCGCCGUAUGUUCUUAGUACAUUUCACACAAGGUUGGGGGCUCAAACUCCAGCAAAAGACAGGAAUGGACUUCUACAGUGGGAAGAUGGCAUUGGAAUUUGAAAUUGAUUGAAUUGAAUUAAACCACCAGUAAGUACUUCCUAAAGUUGUGCCCGUAAACAAGCCACAAUUUUAGGAAAUGUACGGGCCACUAUAGGAGCGCCCACAUUCAUCUGACUAGAAAGGUUUCUAGUCUAUUUUUUUCCCACGGCUGAUAGCCGGGCCGAAGUACUGGUGGUUUAAGGGAUGCCAUUGAAUUGCUCAGGAUCAGUAGAGAGCCUGGAGGAUAUGCCAAUGGAUGGCUGCAAUGUGGAGAGGGUCGACGGCUGUCCGGCCAGGGGCACGAUCGUGUCAACAUUGAAGCAAGCAUGUAUCAGCUCUUAAUCAAAUCAGAUGUGAUUGCCGUGGAACGUCUUGCCCACUCUUGUGAUCGGCAACGAGGAUUACCCGCCCUUACGAUCGACGAUGAGGAGUAUAAAGUGUUGGGACCCCACCAUCGUGAGGUGCAGGUCCUCUUCACUGUCUUCAGGCCUACCUAUGAAGUUGGCGUCUGCUGGUGGCUGCAUUUGUGAUGGUUUCAUUUGCAGUCGAAGUCUCGCUGGUCACUGUUCUGCAAGGUAAGCUAUGAUGUGUCAUGUACUGUUAGCCCAUUUAGGCGAGGAAUAUGGGCAAAACACUGGGUCACCCGUUAGGUGCGUAGUUGAGGGGGGGGAGGGGGGGAGGGGUGCGCGAGCAUUAGAUGUGCGGUGGAGUGGGUUGUUGUUAUGCCAUUCUUUGUUAGGUCUUGAAAAAGUGCAUGGUCAUGUUGUUUGCAGGGGGAAAGACUUGGUAGUCUCUUUUUGAAGUCUAUCAUGAGGCUGGUAAUCAUAGGUAGAGCCGCGAAGUUCGCAAUGGUAGGUAGAGCUCUCGAGAUCGCUUCGUUUGGAAAAAAAAGAAGCAUUUGUUGUGGGGCAGAGGUGCAGGAGCGAUCGAUUGAUGUGGAAUGUAAACGACGUUGUUUGCUAUUCCCUUUGAGCGACUGCGUGCCUGCCUGCCUGCCUUCGAGUUCUCACGAUUUCGUUCGUCGUAGUCUGUUUCCAGCCAACAUUCUUUUGAGCUACUGACCUCUGGUCUGAAAAAAUGAUAGCUUUUUUCUCUUAAAAUAAUCACCUGGAUGAUGUAUAUCGUCACCACUAGUGGUUGUUAAUACUACUUUUUCACCAGAAUUCAUGAAAUAAGAGUCAACUGACUUUGGUCACUCGAAGAAAAUGACAAGUGGUGGGAGGAGUGGAAAGGACUGUGGGCGAGUGUUCGUAGGCGGCCGCCCGUGCAAUGUGUGCAUGCAUGUGCAGAACAUGCUGUCCUAUGUCCAGUUGAAAUCUGUGCCGUGCUCGUCUCAGAACUUUGAGAUGUGUUGGUGUAGCUGGCGGCUGCUGCCCGGUAUCGGUGCAGCCUAGUGAUCGUGCACAGCAGAAUGAGAGUGCUUUUGUGGGAUGGAUGAAAGAGAUGCAGAGGAGGGAAGCUGGAGGAUACACGUAGGUGAGUCCGUAGGAAGGUGUAGGUAAAAGAUAACGGCCCUUCGAUUGUGGGAUAGCACUUGCUGUGGCUGUCUGCUGGGGCUUAUCUGGUUUGGAGUGCUUCUGUGCGGUAGAUGAGUGUGGAAGAGGGUGCAGGUAGGUAGGCCUGGAAGCUCCCGGUUAAUUGAGGUAUAGCACUGUACAAGUCUGGAGAUGCAAGCCAGGAGGAGUAGUUGGUGAAGGAGAUUGAGCGGGACACCGUUGAACAAGCGAAGGAAAUGCCGAGAACAGAGAGCGAAUGAGGGAAAAGGCAGUGCAGUAUCGGCAGAGGGAUCUCUGAAAGGAGUUGAAGAUCCUAUACGUCACUUGUUGUGUGCAGUACCGCCCUGGGGGGCAAAAAAACGGAGAUAGCCGACACCAUGGGUGUAAGACACAAUGUGAGCCUUAUUGCAUG